AUGUCGUCCACCAAUUUAAGCGAAACAUCAUCAGGCAGCGUGCUCGGGAAACACAUCGAUCUUGAUGCUCAGGUCAUCCCAGACGGAGGUUUUCGGGCGUGGCUUGUCGUGUUUGGCGCCUGGUGUGGACUGUUCUGCAGCCUCGGCUGGCUCAACAGCAUUGGGACAUUCCAGAGCUAUUAUCAGACAACGCUGCUGAAAGGUCUGCCCGCAAGCACGAUCUCGUGGAUCCCUUCGCUCGAGAUUUUCUUCACUUUUGUCAUGAGUCCGAUCAUAGGUUGCUUAUACGAUCACUUCGGGCAACGUUGGGUCAUGCUCGGCGGAACCUUUAUGCAUGUCCUUGGGCUCACGAUGGCAUCGUUGGCAAGCGAUUUCCCGCAAAUCCUUCUCGCACAAGGCGUCUGCAGUGCCCUGGGCAUCUGUGCAGUCUUUCAGCCUUGUAUGGCUUCAAUCCCGAGCUGGUUCAAAAAGAGACGUGGGCUCGCCUAUGGCAUCGUCUCGAGCGGCACGAGUCUCGGCGGCGUCGUUUUUCCCAUCAUGGUCAGUCGCUUGAUAUCCAGCGUAGGCUUUGCAUGGUCGAUGCGAAUCUCCGGCUUUCUGAUCCUUUCGCUCCUCAUCAUCUCGAACAUGACAGUCAAGCCUAAAACCCCGCCUCAAGCAAUACCCAUGACCAAAGCAUUAAUCGCACGACCUUUCAACGAGAAAUCUAUGGUCCUUCUCCUGACCGGAUUCUUCUUUUUGACCUUUGGAGUUUUCAUACCAAUGAAUUACAUUGUCAUCCAAGCCAUAGACGACGGCAUGAACGCCGAUCUGGCAUCAUAUCUGCCCUCGCUCCUCAACGCAGCUAGUCUGCUUGGCAGGUUGUCAGCAGGCUGUGCCUCUGAUCUACUCGGACCAUUUAACGUCGUUGCAAUCGCUUGCUACAUUGCUGGAACACUCUCCCUGGCACUUUGGAUUCCUGUUUCAACACACGCUGGUCUAUUCGCAUUUUCAGUACUGUUUGGCUUCUUCUCUGGAGCCUACAUCGCUUUAGCUGCAUCCAUGGUCGUUCAAUUAUCACCCUUUCAGGAGAUUGGCUACAGGACGGGCCUCCUGUUUCUUGCCGCCUCUAUAUCCGGCCUUACUGCAAGUCCUAUUGGUGGUGCUUUACUCGCGCGUGAUGGCGGGUCAUAUGUGGGCAUGCAGAUCUUUAGCGGAUUGACGUUGAUCGUUGGCUCAUCAUUUGUUCUUGGUGCUCGCUUGACCAACACGGGUCUUUCUUUGUUCACCAAAUUCUGACAUUCGAUUUACCUCCCUUUCUCAUAAUCUCAAUGCCAAGCCG